AUGAAUCCAAACAUCCCAGGUUCCUCUCAACCUCUUCAGAAAAUGAUGAGUCUCAAAAGCAUACCACUAGCCUUUCUUGUUGCCAUUUUCGCAGUUUUAUGGUCAUGUAAACAUCUCAUUAUCUCUAAUCCAAACUCACAUUACCUCAAAUACUUUGAAGGUCUCGGUCUCACCACUGCUUCGAUAUCGCCUAUUGUGUCUCUUCUCAUCCCAUACUCCAUCAAAUAUAAUGCUAGGCACCACAAAAAGCAUGAUAAAAAGACCAAAAAAGUGUCAAUCUGUGAUGACUUCCCUCCUGGAAUACCUCCUCCAGAUACCAACACAACCUCCUAUUUAUGCGUUGAUCGGAACGGGUGCUGCAAUUUCACUUUAGUUCAAUCAGCUGUUGAUGCAGUUCCAGCUCUUAGCCAGAAACGAACAGUAAUAUGGAUCAACAAUGGAAUUUACUAUGAGAAAGUCACUGUUCCAAGCGCCAAACCGAACAUAACAUUCCAAGGACAAGGGUAUUUUUCGACUGCAAUAUCAUGGAAUGACACAGCGAAUUCAUCGCAUGGCACAUUUUAUAGUGGCUCCGUUCAAGUUUUUGGUGCCAACUUCAUUGCUAAGAAUAUAAGCUUCAUGAAUGUAGCUCCGAUUCCAAAACCCGGUGAUGUAGGAGCGCAAGCUGUGGCAAUUAGGGUAUCGGGGGACCAAUCUGCAUUUUGGGGUUGUGGAUUCUUUGGAGCUCAAGAUACCCUCCAUGAUGAUAAGGGACGCCAUUACUUUAGGGAUUGCUAUAUUCAGGGUUCCAUCGAUUUCAUCUUUGGCAAUGCAAGGUCAUUAUAUGAGAAUUGCCAAUUGGUUUCGAUGGCAAACCCGGUAGCCCCAGGAGCAAAGAUCAUUAAUGGAGCCCUAACAGCGCAUGGCAGAGCUUCAAAUGAAAACACUGGAUACUCAUUUGUGAACUGCAUUGUUGGAGGGUCUGGAAGGGUUUGGUUAGGUCGAGCAUGGAGGCCUUUCUCACGCGUGGUGUUCAUCAACACAACAAUGACUGACAUCAUAGCUCCAGAAGGCUGGAAUGAUUUCAAUGACCCAACAAGAGACCAGACUAUAUUCUAUGGAGAAUACAAUUGCUCAGGUGCAGGAGCUAAUUUGACCAUGCGGGCAUCUUAUGUACAGAAACUCAAUGACACUCAAGCUUCUCCUUUCCUUAAUGUGUCCUUCAUUGAUGGAAAUGAUUGGUUACAACCCAUGGAUGCUAACUAG